UGUUGCUCUCCAGAACUAAAUUAGGUGAUUCUACACAACAUGUAAUACUAUGUUGCUUAUGUUGAGAUUUCACAUUUAUCAUCAGUUAGGCUAUGUUUGUCUGGAAAAUAUUAUGUGGAAAAUGUGUGUUAGUUAUGAAUAAUGUAUUAUUUAAUAACAAUUUGUCUCUUUCUCUUUUCGCAGGGAUACAUGUAUCCAAUGUAUGGAUGGCCUCUUAUCCACUCACAUUUUGACGGGCAAAGUUUAAAGAGACAACAGGACACAUAUUUCUGGAUCAAGGAAGGACUCCUUGCCAAAGGACUUUGAAACAUGCCCUUGCCAUUCGGCUUAAAACUCAAAAGAACUCGAAGGUAUACUGUCUCAAGCAAGAGCUGUCUGGUCACGCGUAUUCAGCUACUCAAUGGUGAAUUUGUUGAGUUUACGCUUUCUGUGGAGAGCACCGGCCAGGAAUGUUUGGAGGCAGUUGCACAGAGACUGGAGUUAAGAGAGGUAUGUAUGCUCAGGCAAAACAACAGAAACACUGAUUGUUGUCCUUUGUGUUUGUGAUUACUCAUCUCAAGUGGGUGGCCAUUCAGUCUAAGGUUAGGCUAUCAUGGCCUAUGAGCUGUUCUCCAACAUACCUGAUUGUUUUAUAAUGACAUGACUAUCAGAAACCUAGAACUUAUGCUAUUGUCUUGAGUGUAUGGAAAGAAUAAUUAGUUUCAGCCAAAGGCAUUCCACAUGGACAGAGUCAUUAUUCAGUCACAAAGGUCUAGUAGUGGUGAUACACUGUGCCAAACAUGCACAGGUCAAGUGGACACACCUCUGCUAGGGACACACAGUGGACACACCCAUGCUGUGAUUCAGUAUGCAUCAGAAUCUGACUCGAUGGCUUCUCUAUUCAUUGGGAUUUUGUCCAAACUGUGAAGCCUAGACUAGAGGAUAACCUUGCUUGUCCAUAAAUUAGUCCAUAAAUCACUUUUUGAUAAUGACAUAUAUAUAUUAUAUAUAUAUAUAUAUAUAUAUAUAUAUAUUUUAAAUAUAUAUAUGGCAGCUGAAUUGCGUAUACAAAAGCACAUAACAAACUACAACAAAUACAACGUAAGUUAGGGACUGGAAGCGGUUAAAUGAUGGAUUGAGGACUUGAAGUGGUUAUGGGGCGGCAGGUAGCUUAGUGGUUAAGAGCGUUGUGCCAGUAACCGAAAGGUCGCUGGUUCUAAUCCCCAAGCCGACUAGGUGAAAAAUCUGUCGAUGUGCCCUUGAGCAAGGCACUUAACCCUAAUUGCUCCUGUAAGUCGCUCUGGAUAAGAGCGUCUGCUAAAUGACUGAAAUGAAAUGAAUGGAGUGGAGGAACUUCAGGCAUGGAUGGUCACGCAGGAGGGAGCCGGUUAGUCAGUGAGCAGUCAGAUAGACAGAAAGACUAUAGGACAGGGCACUGAAAUAAACCUAUGGCCACACAGUUGCAGGGUCUGAUACCAUACAGUAUAUAGGAAAUGUCUAUUUGAAAUAGAAAUGCUUUCAUAAUCUGUAAACUAGUAUCUUAUGUUUUGGCCUGACUGUUUUGCCCUCAGAGAAUCUCCACUAUAGGCUCUUUGUUGGAAUGUCAUGUUUUCUCUCACAGAUGUCGAGGAUGUUUACCGUGAACUUUUGCAAUAGCGGAUGGUUUAAAUGGCCUAGCAGUGAUUUCUGAUAUGCAAUCCAACACUCCAAAUAGACGUUAUUCAGACGUAAAUGGGUUAGCAAUAUUAUAAUUGUAGUAGGCGCAAUCACACUGUGAGCCUUGUGGCCAGACUCCCUUCAUCAUAAACAAUACAUGUCAACUCCAGAACCACUGUUCAUUGUGUGAUGCACACUGCUCCACUCCAGCAGACAGUCACAAGACUGAGCAGGGAGUGGCAGCAGCACAGCAGCCUGUACCUUUCCUUUGGGCUUGUGGGUCAAGAUGAAUGUUUCAGAUGAGUAAAAGCUAUGUUUAGUAGUAUCGGCAUGUUUAUGAGGAAGGAAGCACAAACAUGUUAAGUCUUCUAUAAUUUAGUGUAGGAAAUGCAAGGUAAGCUAUUGUCAUUGUAAACCAGAAUAUACCAUAUGACUUUCAUGUAAAUUACAAGUAACGAUUUCACAAUCCCCUCAUCUUUCAAGAGAGUCUGUGCUUCCUGUUUCCCCCAUUAACGCCCCACAUUUCCUUUCCUCCUCACCCUAGAUAACAUACUUCAGCCUGUGGUACUUCAACAAGCAGAAUCAGCAACGAUGGAUUGACCUGGAGAAGCCCCUGAAGAAGCAGCUGGACAAGUACGGCCUGGAGCCCACUGUCUACUUUGGGGUGGUCUUCUACGUGCCCACUGUGGGCCAGCUGCAGCAGGAGAUCACCAGGUCAGAUAUACGCUUAACACAGAGGGACACUAGACACUCGCUCAGGCUGCUUCUCAGGCCAAAACGUUGUCUCCUUCAUGUAUUCCCUGGUUAACUCUAAGCCACAUAGUUCCCACCAUAUUGAUUUUAUUUAUCCAUUCCUAUUGGAUCAGUCAAAGGUAGUGAGUGACGGGAGAAGGGAAUGGAAUGUAGGGAAUGGAAUUUGUCAUACUCAGUACCUUAUCAGAGAAUUCCUCUACUGCCUUAGUUACUCCGGUACUGAGCAUUGAGCAACUCAGUCCAGUAUUAUGGAUUUUUCUGUGUGCUCACCUACCACAGUAUGACAUCACAUCUCUAACUGACCAAUUGAAUGGAGGGGGUCUGCUGUCGUCUGUUCACACCAUGAGAUUAACCAACUUCCUCUACCUCCCUACAGAUAUCAGUAUUACCUCCAGUUAAAGAAGGAUGUUCUGGAAGGCAGAAUCCCUUGCUCCAUAGAACAAGCCAUCCGUUUGGCUGGCUUGGCAGUGCAAGGUAAUGUGAAUACGUAACACCGGCUCUGAAUGUGAAACUCAGUACACUCUAAUCUACACUCUAAUCUACUGAUAGAAGACUGAGGAUCACCACCUGUUCAAACUGGUCAGGUCCUGCCAUAAGCGGCCACAGCAGGUGUUUUGGCACCACUCUCACACACACUGCUGUCAUGGCCUGUUGUUGUAAAUUCCACACCUCAUGUUUUAUUGAUCCUGAGGCUGUUGAUGGUCCACCAGUGCAGCAGGUGUGAUGUCGUUAAGAGUAUGGUCUCAAGGAUCAUUACUGAAUCUAGACUCAGGACUCGGUCGGGAGUCUCAUCAUGGGAUUUCAAAGCAUACCUAGGGGAAAAUGUGAAUUUUAAACCUGAAUAUUUUCAGUUGAUAUUCAAGAGAACAUAAUUGUUAUUUCAUUGUACUUAUGAAAUACAAUUUUUUACUAUCCUAACCUUGUUUCUAUAAAAGCCUGGUCAAGCACUUUAUUUAGGGUUUAUUGAGCUUUUCACAAGUCUGUUAAUGUAGAAACCUUAAUAAGCACCAUCAAGCCCAAACCAACCAAUAAACUGGCCUCCAAUAAACUGGUCUCCAGCUUGACAUGUCCGGGCUCGCACUUUUGCCCAGCCAGAAGAAUCUCAAACACUACUGGCAAAGUUAAAUCAGGCAGUGCAAGUUACUGUCCUGGGUGUUAACAUAGCACAGCAACUGAGAUCACUUACUAGUGCAUCCCAGGUCCAAACUUUUGCUGCCCAACCUGCAUAGCAAGCUAGAACAAAAUAGCAUCCCAGUAAUACUGAAAGUUUUGAGAAACCUCCAAAGAAUUUGCUGACUUAAAAAAGUUUGCUUUGGUUUUUGCUUGGAAGAUGUUGGACAUGGACUAUUUUUACCUAGCUGCUGAGGUUAGGGCUGUUGGGGGCCUGGCCGGCAGGGACGUAACUGUUUAGCUAGCAUGGCUAAUGCCUGGCAUACUCAACAUAGCUGUGAACAUAGCUGGUGGGCAGACUGAGAUUGCUGGUAACGUUGGAUCACUACGGUUUCAGACACUAAAGCAAUCCCCCUGCAAUCACAAACGGGCUCCCUGCUUUUCUUAAAUUAGCCCGCUUUGUCAUUGUAUACUGCAACCUCCGAAAAAGCAUCACGCCAUUCUCAAAAUCCAUGCACACUUUCAGUCUGCCUUGCACUAAUUGCAGAAAUAGACACAUUACGGACUUUGACCUAUUUAAAGAAAAGCUAUCUGGUUUUUAAAUCAGGUUUUCACUUCUGUUCACUUCUAGGAAAAACAUUACUGUACUGUUAUUUACAUGUAUUCAUCCAGUGUACAAACAAUAGGAUUGUAUUUUAUUAUUUUGUGUGUUUCAGCUGACUUCGGAGACUUCAAUCGUUAUGAUUCGCAGGAGUUUCUUCAGAAGUUUGUGCUGUUUCCUAUCGUAAGCAGUUGUAUAAUAUUUUAUUUUUGACUUUGCGGCUCAAAGUUAAUGUUUUACGUCAUGUAGUCAUAUGUUCAUGAAUGCACAAUGUAAUCUGUGUUUCCCCAUCUCUUUUACAGGGCUGGAUCCAGGAUGAGAGAGUACUGGAAGAGGCUACUCAGAAGGUGGCUCUGCUUUACCAGAACUACAGGUGAGAAACCUUCAGAUGUUCUUCCACCUGAUUUUCCAUCUGUGGAAAAGAAGAUAUGCCUUUCAUUCUCCACAGAACCCUCCCUUCACAUCUCCUGAGGCUUACAUAGACAGUGCCUUUAAUUGAUUGCAGGUGGAUCCAUGCAUUGGGCAGUCCAUGCUGCUUCUUUCAGUUAGCAGGCAGUCCAGGUGUCCUCGGCUGUGAUUUGCUGUCAGGUAGAUAGAUGAAAAGCCCUGAGCUGGUGCUGGCCUGGCACUAAGCCUGCUCACUCCUCCAGUCCAAGGCCAGCUGGUUUUCAUCUCCUUCAUCACUCCAUCCCAACCUGCAUGUUUCCAGCCUUCUGCUCAUCCCCCAUAUGGGCUGUCUGGAUAGAUAGGUAACUGGAAAGAGCUGUUUAGAUUCAUACCUUGGCCCCAUCUACAGGGGAGGUAGGUGUCAGUGGGUUCUGAAGGUGAGAGGUGAGGAGUUGAUGCUUGCGUUGAUGUUGGUCUGUAUGAAAUGGUUUCACUGCUUUGUGUUUGUCAAAUAAGGUGCAGUGAGACAGAUGAACAGAAGAUGGAGGUGAUGGGGGAUAGAACAUAUCAGCAGCUGAUCAUGCUGGUUGUUGAACUAGACUGACAGCAGUUCAGUUUGUUGAGAUAAAGGAUGUGAUCAUGUCAUCAAUUCUGUUUCGGAAUGUGACCAAGGUGUGUCUGUGUACUCUCUGUUUGUGCUGGUUAAUGGAUGCUGGUGUCUCCAUGUGUCUGCCUGCGUUGGACAUGUCUAUGGUUUAUGUUAACUUACAUUGCCAUAUGUGUGUGUUUCUCUCAGGGGGUUGCCUGCCCCAGAGGCUGAGGUGUUGUACAUGCAGGAGGUGGAGAAGAUGGAGGGCUAUGGCCAGGAGAGUACCCCAGCCAAGGUGAACACAACUACACCAAACUACAGUACCUGCUCCCCCAAAGCCUCACUGCAGUACUCCAUUGCUCUAUCAAAUCAAAUUUGUCACAUGCGCUGAAUACAACAGGUCUAGACUUUACCUUGAAAUGCUUACUUACGAGCCCUUUCCCAACAAUGCAGAGUUAAAAAGAAAGAAACAUUUGCAAAAUAAAAAAAGGAAAUUGUAACACAAUAAAAGAACAAUAACGAGGCAAGGAGUACCAUUACCGAGUCAAUGUGCAGGGGUACGAGGUAGCUGAGGUAAUAUGUACAUGUAGGUAGGGGUAAAAGUGACUGGGCAAUCAGGAUAGAUAAUAAACAGAGUAGCAGCAGUGUAUGUGAAAGUGUGUCUGUGUGUGGCAUCAAUAUGCAUGUGUGUGAGCGCAUGUAGUGUGUGUUGGAGUGUCAAUGUAGUGUGUGAGUGUGUGGGUAGUGUGCAUAGAGCAGGUGCAAAAAAAAGGGCGUCAAUGUAAAUAGUCCAGGUAGCCACUUGGUUAACUGUUCAGCCGUCUUAUGGCUUAGGGGUAGACGUUUUUCAGGAGCCUUUUGGUCCCAGACUUGGUCCCAGGCGCUCCGGUACUGCUUGCCGUGCGGCAGCAGAGAGAACAGUCUAUGACUUGGUUGGCUUUUUUAGGGCCUUCCUCUGACACUUCCUGGUAUAGAAGUGCUGGAUGGCAGGGAGCUCAGCCCCAGUGAUGUACUGGGCCAUAUGCACUAUCUGUAGCUCCUUGUGGUUGGAUGCCAAGCAGUUGCCAUACCAAGAGUUGAUGCAGCCAGUCAAUAUGCUCUCAAUGGUGCAGCUGUAGAACCUUUUGAGGAUCUGAGGGCCAUUGCCAAAUGUUUUCAGCCUCCUAAGGGGAAAGAGGCGUUGUCGUGCCCUCUUCACAACUGUGUUGGUGUGUGUGGACCAUGAUAGGUCCUUAGUGAUGUGGACACCGAGGAACUUCAAGCUCUCGACCUGCUCCACUACAGCCCUGUCGAUGUGAAUGGGGGCAUGCUCGGCCCUCCGUUUCCUGUAGUCCACAAUCAGCUCCUUUGUCUUGCUGACAUUGAGGAAGAGGUCUCACAGCCAUAGGUCUCUGACCUCCUCCCUAUAGGCUGUCUCAUCGUCGUCAGUGAUCUCCAGUUCUAAUGAUUUUCUGUCAAUACCUCUAUUUGAACUGGAUCAAGAAACAAAUCGUUUUUCAGUUCAAAAAGCAACAGAUUCUGGUGCUGAUCUUCUGGAAUAUAUGAAUAGAAGGAUAAAUGUAGACCGCCCAGCACACACACAACAAACACAGCUCUGUGAGGUCCACUUUUUUCAUUAGCAAUAGGUCUUCUUUUCUAUUUCCAUCCCCACAGGACAGCCAAGGCACUGAUAUCCUCCUUGGGGCCUGUCUGGACGGCAUCUUUGUCAAGCACAAAAACGGAAGGCCACCCCUAGUAUUCAAGUAAGGCUGGAAAUAAUUGUUUAUUUUGAAGCAUAAAAAAAAAAAAUCUAAUACCCCAGUCCUGCAAUAUGAUCUGCCUCUAAAUAUGAGCUGUCUGAAUGAAAGCCUGUCUGAUAUUUGUGUGUCUGAAGCCUGUAGCAGUAAUUCUGUUAGAUCCAAUAACACUGCAUAUUGAGUCUGGUUCAGUCCACAGCUAGCUAGCUACUAUUCUUAUAUGGCGUGGCGGUCUCUGGCUAUUUUGGAUCAGAUGUGAUGUUCUAUAAAUAGGGCCAUGGGGGUUUCCUGACCAUGUGACCUGGCAAGGAGAAACUAGGCCUCAGGUCACAUGAUCAGGAAAACCUCCUGACCCUCUAUCAGUGUUUCCCAACUCCAGUACCCCCAACAGCACACGUUUUUGUUGUAGGCCCUGAAAAACUCACCUGAUUCAACUCAUUGGGGGUUGAUGAUUAGUUGACAAUUUGAAUCAUGUGUGCAGUUGGGGGUACUGGAGUUGGGGAAACACUCCUCUAUAUAAUAACUCAAACCUUCAAUUUUACCAAGAGGAAGUCUCAUUUUGUGUAGAAUAUCCUAGUUUAAAUGCUACUAAUAGUGUUGAAUGUAGACACUUCUCUUACUAUUGACUCAUAUGGUUUCUAUUAACGUCACUACCCGCCCACAGUAGGCUGUAGAAACUGAGUCCAGUUCUAAAUGUGACCACUGCCACGCCACUGCCUCAUGCUCUCGCCCCUCUCUGUUUUAAUUGGCUGUGUAGGUGGAAUGAAAUUAACAACAUGACUCACAAUAAGUCCUUCUUUGCCCUGGAGCUGGCCAACAAAGAGGAGAGCGUGCAGUUCCAAACCGUGAGUCUCAAACCACUGCCGCCACCACACACCGCAAUGAUCCUCUUCCCAUUAAACACAUGGUCCUUUGCUCACACAGUGCAUGCUGUGGGAAUGUGUAUUGACUUUUAAAGGUAAACAUGCAUGUACAGUGCCUUGCAAAAGUAUUCACCCCCCUUGGCAUUUUUCCUAUUUUCUUGCAUUACAACCUGUAAUUUAAAUGGAUUUUUAUUUGGAUUUCAUGUAAUGGACAUACACAAAAUAGUCAAAAUUGGUGAAGUGAAAUGAAAAAAAUAACUUGUUUCAAAAAAUUAUUUAAAAUAAAUAACGGAAAAGUGGUGCGUGCAUAUGUAUUCACCCCCUAUGCUAUGAAGCCCCUAAAUAAAAUCUGGUGCAACCAAUUACCUUCAGAAGUCACAUAAUUAGUUAGAUUGCACACAGGUGGACUUUAUUUAAGUGUCACAUGAUCUCAGUAUAUAUACACCUGUUCUGAAAGGCCCCAGCGUCUGCAACACCACUAAGCAAGGGGCACCACCAAGCAAGCGGCACCAUGAAGACCAAGGAGCUCUCCAAACAGGUCAGGGUCAGUUGUGGAGAAGUACAGAUCAGGGUUGGGUUAUAAAAAAAUAUCAGAAACUUUGAACAUCCCACGGAGCACCAUUAAAUCCAUUAUUAAAAAAUGGAAAGCAUAUGGCACCACAACAAACCUGCCAAGAGAGGGCCGCCCACCAAAACUCACGGACCAAGCAAGGAGGGCAUUAAUCAGAGGCAACAAAGAGACCAAAGAUAACCCUGAAGGACCUGCAAAGCUCCACAGUGGAGAUUGGAGUAUCUGUCCAUAGGACCACUUUAAGCUGUACACUCCACAGAGCUGGGCUUUAUGGAAGAGUGGCAAGAAAAAAGCCAUUGCUUAAAGAAAAAAAUAAGCAAACACGUUUGGUGUUCGACAAAAGGCAUGUGGGAGACUCCCCAAACAUAUGGAAGAAGGUACUCUGGUCAGAUGAGACUAAAAUUUAGCUUUCUGGCCAUCAAGGAAAACGCUAUGUCUGGCGCAGUGGCGGCUCCUGAAAAAAUUCUCAGGGGGGGCAAUUUUUCUGAUGAUUUAGGUGACCUACACACAUUUUAAAAAAGAUAUGUCCAGCAACAACAUGAAGACAGGGGCAGCAUAUAAGUCAAUACUGAUAUACACAUUACUUGCUUCAAAAAGGCCUCAUGGUUGAAUUGGAAAUAUGUGCACCUGAGCAUAAUUCACAACAAGCAAGCAGGAGCUUUUGAUAGAGGCUACUGAAAACAUUGAUGCAAGUUAUUGGUAAUAAGAAAUUUUUAUAGACUUCCAUAUUCUGCCCUCUUGUAUAGAUUUGUGAAAAUGAACAGUGAUAGACAUUUUGCCUGAAAACAGAAUUUGAAAAUAAUUUCUAGAAAAGGUAAACACAGCUAUCUGUAUGGCUUUGUAAAAAUGAACAACCAUAUUCUGGCCAAUUGUAUAGAUUUGUAAAUAUGAUGAUGUCUCCUUUCAUGCAUACAUUUUCAAAUAAAGCUCUGCUUUGAGAAAGAUCGAAUGAUAUUGUUUAAUCUUACCUUAUUGCCUGCACACUGCUUGUGAAGCUGUCGAGGGCACGUUUGAUGAAGACAGCAUCGAUGUCCUUCUGUAGCUUCUGGUACAGAAUGUCGACGUGGGGCAUGAUUUUGUGAAAAAGCCCCAGGAAAAAUAAAUAAAUCUUCUUGCUAUCUAUGUACCUCAGCACAAGCACCAGCUGUGUCUGUGUAGAAACGUCCGUGGUCUCGUCAGCUUGGAUAGCUACGAAGUUCGCCGACUUCACCUCCUCCACAAUAUGUUCCCUCAUGACCGCUAGCAUACACUCCAGUAGCUCGUUUUGAAUGGUCUUUGAUGUGCCCUUGAAAACUUUAGCAUUUUUAAGAUGGUCAUCAAACACCUCAUCUAAUUGUGCCACAAAGUUGACAAGUCCAAGAAAAAUACCAGGGUUGGUGGAGCCCUCAGUUUCAUCUUUGCCUCGCAAAGCUAACUCAAACACUCCGCAAAACUUCACACACUGGAUUAGCCGGCUGAGGAUGUGGCGGUUCUUGCUAACCUCAUCGUUGUGGCGGCGGACAGCUAGCCUGUAUCCCUCAUCCAGUUGAGUGGCAAUGUUCACUCUCCCCAAAGCAGACAAUCUCAAACAGAUAUCCAUGUGGGUCUUUGACAGCUCAUGUUUCUUAAUCUUUUCUGAAAGAUGGUGCAUGUCCGUUACACCAGUCGCUGUCCAAGCGGUGCUGUCUGCCGUGCCGCCUUCAGGGUGAAAUAGUAAGCAGGGGUAGCAGAAGACUGCAUUAGCUACAUCGCAGCCUGCUAGCCAGGUUUUUCGUUCGUACCAAUUUUUGGAAAAUCCUCGGGUGUAGGACUUUCCCCCUUUAGUAGAAACCUGUUGAAUUAUUAAAUUUGGUCUGGGAGGUCCUAAUUGUUUCGUUGCCAAUUUAUCUUGAUUUGUUCGCCGACAAAAAGGAACUUCUUUCAAAGAGACAAUCGAGUUGCACUGAACGCUAGCCAUCUUGACAGUAGUACGUGAAUUGAUUGACGCUGCUACCCGCUCUUUUCUUAGUUAUGUUCAUGGUUAUGUUACGUAUGACGAAAGCGCGUAAGUGCAAGCCCUCCCGGAACCCAUAGAGAUCGUAUUGAAAGCUCUGAUAUUUGAAAAAAAAAAGAUUUUACAUGAGAGUCGAUGAGAGACUUCUGGGGCGAUUUUCAACCUGACUGAAAUCGCCCCAAAACGGGCGGGGCCAUUUGAAGCACGACUUUAGCCUGAUUGGACAUUUAGUGGCAGAUCAGACGUCUAGAUUAGAACACUGAUAACUACUGUUGCCGUUAUAUAAUUGAUUAGAAAAAAAAUCCCUUCCUUUUCCCGUUUGGCAGUGCGUCGACCAUAUCGCCCUAAUGAACACACCGCCCCUGGUCUGGCGCAAACCCAACAUCUCUCAUCACCCAUCCCCACAGUGAAGCAUGGUGGUGGCAGCAUCAUGCUGUGGGGAUGUUUUUCAUCGGCAGGGACUGGGAGACUAGGCAGAAUUGAAGGAAUGAUGGAUGGCGCUAAAUACAGGGAAAUUCUUGAGGGAAACCUGUUUCAGUCUUCCAGAGAUUUCAGACUGGGACGGAGGUUCACCUUCCAGCAGGAAAAUGACCCUAAGCAUACUGCUAAAGCAACACUCGAGUGGUUUAAGGGGAAACAUUUAAAUGUCUUGGAAUGGCCAAGUCAAAGCCCAGACCUCAAUCCAAUUGAGAAUCUGUGGUAUGACUUAAAGAUUGCUGUACACCAGCGGAACCCAUCCAACUUGAAGAAGCUGGAGCAGUUUUACCUUGAAAAAUGGGCAAAAAUCCCAGUGGCUAGAUGUGGCAAGCUUAUAGAGACAUACCCCAAGAGACUUGCAGCUGUAAUUGCUGCAAAAGGUGGCGGUACAAAGUAUUGACUUUAGGGGGGUGAAUAGCUAUGCACGCUCAAGUUUUCAGUUUUUUUGUCUUAUUUCUUGUUUGUUUCACAAAAAAUAUUUUGCAUCUUCAAAGUGGUAGGCAUGUUGUGUGAAUCAAAUGAUACAAACCCCCAAAAAUCCAUUUUAAUUCCAGGUUGUAAGGCAACAAAAUAGGAAAAAUGCCAAGGGGGGUGAAUACUUUCGCAAGCCACUGUAUGUGGUAACUAAGUCCCAUGCGUAUAGGGUCAACAACCGCUGGCUAAAGCCCCAUGCAGUUGUAUUUGGGUUGGUGAAUAAGUGGAGCACCAUCACCAGUCCAGUGUAUUGAAUGUCUUACAUUGUAAAUGCUUUCUUUCCCCUCUAAAGGAAGACAUGGAAACCUCCAAAUAUGUGUGCCGGAUGUGUCUGGCCAGGCACAAGUUUUACAAGAUUAACAAGAGCAGCCUGUAAGUGUGUCUCUUAAUGAGUCUAGCCCAGUUCCUGUGUAUUUGGGACUCUCUUUGCGUGUGUGUGUGCUCUCCUCACUCCAGUCCCUUCCCCUCUCUCCAGAGAGGAGUGUGACCCCCCUUCUGAGGGUUCCCAGAAGUCCAUUCUCACGCUUUCCUUUCCUCGCUUUCCUUUUCUGCCUUCUAACAAGUGGUGAGCAACGCUGUCCGCGGCCACCCGUCUACAGUACAGGUCUCCUCAGAGAGCCAACACCCUCUCCUAAAAACCAACCAGAGCCCUCCAAAACACACUAGCUACAUUUAAAUGACGUGCACCAAUAAUCAACAAUCCUCUCCUCAACACUUUCGAAACAUUUUGUAUUUGGGUGAGGAGAGAUGAUGUAUGUGAAAGAAAAACGUAAGAAAAUGAGUUCUCUCCUGAAUACUGCUCCCGUCUUUCAAUGCGAUGAAGGUAGAUUUAAUUUAAGAGAGAAGAGUUGAGCUGAGCUAUUCAGCCUCCCUCAAACUACUUCCCCUGAGUCCCUUUCAACUUGAAAGAAAGCCUGUUUGUUUCUACUACCUGUUUGUUUCAUUGUUGUUUUUAUGUUCCUGUUCUCAGCCAAACCCAGCCUACUGCUAUGAACCCAGUGCGACGGCAAUCCUCCACCAGGAUGUCUCUGGUACGCUGGCAGUGAACCACAAACACACACACACACACACACACUUUCUUUCUGAAACACACACGCUCACCCUCUAAUCUAGGGCCAGUGAAACGCAGCACAUGACAAACAUCCCUGGCCAGUGCUUCAGCACACUAUUAGAUUUGUGUGUAAUUCCAUGCUGUUGGGCUGCAUUAAGAUCAUGUCUGUAGUAACUGAAUCAUGUUGUUUGAUCCCCCUCUGUGCAGCCAAAGCCCCCGGCCUACAUGAUGCCCCCGCCACAGAUGCACUACAAUGGCCACUUCACUGAGCCUUACACAUCCUCACAAGGUACCUAUAGAGUUAGGUCUGACCUUACCAAGAUCACUGGUGUUUCAUCUCUAUUUUUAAUCAUCAUCAUGCAUCUAUCUGAGCCCUGUUAAUGAACUCUGAGAUGAGGGUGAAUGUCAGCUUACUGUUUGCUGCACCCAAAUGGAAUCUUUAUUUGAGCUUAGUCAUGCAACAAUGCUUUGAUUGAUGGAUUAUUUGAAUGGGUAUAAUGUAGUUUUAACAAGACCUUUGUCUUAUCUUUGUCCUACCUCUCAGACAACCUGUACAUGAACAGUCAGAACGGCUACUACUACCACUCCCAGACCAGCCUGGACUGCUCACCACUCGAGUUCGGCAACAGUGGCGGUGGGAACGUGCGGCUGCGUAACGGCAGCGUGUACAGUGCCCACAGCACCAGCUCCCUCACCAAUCCCCAGCACUACAUGCAGCCCUCGCCCAUGUCCUCCAACCCCUCCAUCACAGGAAGUGACAUCACCCGGCCCGACUACGUGCCUUCGCACCGCCACAGUGCCCUCAUCCCCCCCUCCUACCGCACCACCCCAGACUACGAGACGGUCAUGAGGCAGAAGAACCAGGGAGGUGGAGGGGGGAUGGUGCAGGCCUACGAGCACCGCCAGAGCCACUCCAUGAGGAACCUGCACAUUGGGAACUCGUACGCCUACAGUAGGCCGGACCCCCUGGUCUACAGCCAGCCUGAGAUCAGAGGAGAGCAUGGUGGAGGAGGAGUGCACCACCACUACUCCUUCCACCUCAACUCCAGCUUCCACAGCCCCUCCCCGUACCCCUACCCCACAGAGAGGAGGCCAGUGGUGGGGGCGGUCAGUGUGCCCGAGCUGACCAAUGUCCAGCUGCAGCAGGCGCAGGAGUACCCUGCAGCCAACAUCAUGAGGACCCAGGUGUACCGCCCUCCACCCCCCUACCCAUACAAUGCCCACCCGCGGCCCGCUAACAGCACGCCAGACCUGUAUCGCCACCUGUAUGUAAGCAGUAGCAACCCGGACUUGAUCAUCACGCGGCGCGUGCACCACUCUGUCCAGACCUUCCAGGAGGACAGUCUGCCUGUAGCCCACUCCCUGCAGGAGGUAUCUGAGCCCCUGUUCAUGGCUGGACCCCCACAAAACGACCCCCACCAGCAAAACGCACACAAACGCAACUCCCUCGAGAUCGCUGGCCUGGCUUACAGCCUGAAGGGCAUGAGGGUCAAGGAAAGGACUGUAUCUGUCUCGGCUGCUGACACCCCCCUUCUGGCCCCGCAUGGUCCCUCCUCAAGUUCCCAGCUCAACGUGUUCCUGGAGCGGACCAAGUCAGACGACGGGGGGGAGGGGAAGGAGGACGUGCGCUACGGCCACAAGAAGUCCCUGUCGGACGCCACCAUGCUGGUGCACAGCAGCGAGGAGGAGGAGUUUGAGGAUGAGAGCGGACGCCAUACCCCCAAAUCCUACGAUGCACUAUUGUCUGGGUCUGACCUGCAGCAGCUUCUAACCAAUCUGGGCCAGAUUCCCCUGGAGCCCCCGCCCGCAUAUCCCAUUAGCUCCUCCCUUGACCCUGUCCUGUCAGGCCUCCCGGCGUAUCAGGUGCACACACUGAUCCAGGAGGCGGAGCCAGUGAACCUGUUGGCGGGUGGGCAGCCUGGCAGGAUGGUUUCCCUCGGUGUCUGACGGUGACAUUAGUGGGCAGAACAAACAGAAGGCCAAGAAGGACUUCAUCAAGAAGAGGCCUGUGUCAAACAUUCCUGCUGGGAAGAAACCCAUUGAUGGCCUGCCUCCUGCCGUGAGUCUUACACUCUCUCCUCCGCCAUAGUAUCCUUUGUUCCACCAUAGUAGGUCCAGUCUCCACUGCCUCACUCGCUGUCUGUGUUUUUAGUGUAGUUUUUUCAAAGUAAAUUUGACUACUAAAUUUGACUAGAGGUGUCCGUGUGUAUUUCAUAGUUCAAGGAACAGCUGUUACCCAAUCUUCAUGUCAUGGAGACUCUUCUUAAUUUCUUUGUCAGUUAAAAUCAGUUUUUCCUCAUAGCUAAGAUGUCUGACAUUUGAAUGAUCUUAUCAUUUACACCACAGUGUCACACAACACAUAGUGGAAUGUCCCAAAGGCCAGGAGUGGGCCAUGCUCAUUUCAACCAAUAACAAACACUCUCUGUUGGUCAGGUGACUAAACAUGUGACAUCAUAAUCACUCCUAAACUCACUGAUCCACCAAUGCAGGGGUAUUCUGGGUAGUUUCAGGGCAGUUGGGUGUUGCAGACCAAUUCACCAUGACACCUUGUGCACCUGUAGCUGAAAGGAAUGUGGCUAGCUGGUCUGGUAGCAUUCCACGGGAAGGCACAACCAGGCUAUGUCGUCUCUGUCCCUCCCCCUCAUCUCCCUCACUUACACUGUCAGCUUCAUCCACACUCACUCUUUCUCUCUCCCCUCUACCUCUCUCUCCCUGUCCUCCGUAACACCAGGGCAUGAAGAAGCGGGCUGAGCUGAAGAAGAUGGGUCCUCUGAAGGUGGCAGCCCUCAACGGCCUGACCCUGUCCAGGCUGCCCCUGCAGGAAGGGGGCAAUGACGAGCCUGAGAAGGCCUCCAACGACGAGCGGGUAGGCACUGGCACUGCUCUAGACUAG